AUGUUAUUUCUUAAGAAUAAAGCCAAAACACUCGAUGUGGCUAAUUAUACGGUCAUUAUACCUAGCAUUUGUGUAGGCAAUGCAGCACAAUUGGCCUGCGACCUGUUGAUUGCAUCCAAAAAGCUGAAACGCAUCGGCAGCCUGGCUCAUCCGGCUUUAAUCCCAGUCUAUGGACCCUCAGCCUACCAGCACGAGCCCAAUGAGCGGGUGGCAUCAUGUGAGCUGUACGAAUCCGUCGAGGAUAAGCUGCUGGUCAUUCAAUUCCGUGCACCGCUGAUUGCCCGUCACACAAAGAGUUUCCAAAACAAACUGGUGGAGCUGCUGCAGUCGGCGCGUCGCGUUGUUGUCCUGAGCGGCAGCUUUGGCUUCGAGAGACGCGUCAUUGAGGAUUCGCCGUGGGCGUAUCGUGCCAGCGAUAAUUUCAAGUCGGCUCAUGCCGCACAGCUGGGCAAUGCAUCGCUGGUCAAGUGGAAGGAGCACACGGGCGACAACAUCUUUGGCGGCGGCAAUGGCCUCCAGCUUUUCAGGGCCUUUGAGGAGAGCCAGGUGCCUGUCAUGCUUCUGUUCCGCUACCUGCUCGAGGGCGACAACUCCACAGAUGCCUCGCUGAUUGUGCGCGAACUGAACGAAUUGUGCGAGGAUUUUCUCCAGCUGCGCGAUGGUGGCGAUGCCAGCUUCAAGCUGACCGUGCCCAAGUCGUGGAAUCUGCUGUUUGGCAACGAUGUAACUGAGUUACUCUUUUAGAUCUAGGUCAUUUAUUUUGGAUAUAUGCUUAUUACAAUAAAGGCUAAUCUUUUGGUGUAGGAUAA